UCAGCCCGCUGACUUAGUGGGGUUGAAUCAGCUUCCUGCUAUCGACUUUUCGGGAGCGCUGAACCACGGCAAGGUGUAUUCCCCAGAGCGUUUAGAGCGCCUCUCCAGCCCUGACCUUUCUACUAACAGCCCCUCACCCACGCCCGAGCCGUCCAUCAAUACCAACACACUGGAUCGCGGUGCCUCUUCAUACCAGGAUCGAUUCGACACCCACUCGUACUCUCUCUCUACCCUGAGAACAAACCUGAAGGACUACUCCCAAGAGGUGAAACCAUGGCUUUCUUACCUUCGCCACUUGCGCGUGCUAAUUGUUGGAUCCAGGUCGACAUGAACUUCAAUACGCUUUCGUCCCCGUCACAAGACUACCCCAUUGCUACGGUCGAUGACGAAAAGCUCGACCCCAAGACUAUGACCAACGACGAUCAAGAUGCUUGCUCGUCGAGUGACGAUGACGAUCUACCGCUGCGUACUCGUCUUCCUAAGAUCCGCGAAGCUGUGAAUAAGGGCGAGGGUACCAUAGAAGUCCGCGAACGUCGUCCUCGUCGCGAGAAUGCCCGCGAGCCGAAAGAUUAUGCGAGCCGCGAUCACACUCCCCAGCGCCAGCCACCCAAGCCAGCGCUCAAGAGCGCCGCGAAGGGACACAAGAAGCCUGGACCCCGCCCAUGGGCGGCCAAACCUAUCAUGAAGAACGAUAUGGUUGCCAAGAUGGAAGUGAUCCGCGAAAUCGAGGGCUUUUGGGGUAAGAACUUCAUCAAGUCGUAUAUCCCCCAGUGUCACCGUCCGCUGGUCAAGCGAGGCAAGAAAGGCAAGCGGUCUUUCCACCGAGAACACGAGACAAACCCCAAGAACUGGCUGCCGUCUGUCUUGAAGGCUAUCCUCAUGAUUGCCAAGCUCACCAAGAACAAGACCUGGUUGAAGAAGGCUAUGAAUGAAGUCGUCCGCUACCGUAUCAAGAACACCGGCAACCGCAAGCCUCAGUUGGUCACUACGGACUUCGACGUCAUUGAAGACAUGCUCGUGAAAGAGUGGACGGUUGAUUACAGCUUCGAUAUCCGUUAUAAGCAUCUCAUGGUGAACCGCAAGGACCAGCUGGAGACGGAUGAGGAUAUCGACCACAUCCUUGGAGUAGGAUCCGACCAUGCAGAUGGAAGCGAGGACGACGAGGACAACGCAGAUGAGGAUAUAGAAGCUCAAGCAGAGGUAGACGAAGACGGCAGCGACGACGAGGAUACCGGCCAGAGUGGUCUCACAGGCCAGUACAUGCAGGCGAGCGGCUACACCCAACCCCUUCAGUACCUUAUGCCCGCCCCUCCCCAACAACAGAAACAGCAGAAGUUGCCGAAGCAAAAGCAAAAGCAGCUCAAGCAGGAAUUACCAAAUCCGUCACAGGGCAUGUAUGGCUAUGGCGGCCAGGCGCAUGGGUAUGGUCCGCCGAUGGAUCCCUGGGGCCGUCCUUUGCCUGGCUAUGGCGGUCCUCAAGAUUACGGUCGAUACGGUGGGUACGGUCGAUAUGAACAUUACGGUGGCUAUGCCCUCGGCCCUCCCGAGUACCCAGGCGGAGAUCCUCGACGCCGUCAAGGUUCACAACAGCCACCAACCCGUGGCAUGCAUCAGUUUCCGCCUUAUCCCAUGGGGCCUCCCGCUGGCCAUCGUGGAUACGAAUCUUCUGACCGCAACCCCAACGAGCGAGAGCGUUUCUCUCCGUUUGGAACGAAUAGGCGUGGCCGCGAAGGUUACGAACAAACUCCCAUGGUCGGUAUGAGUCCUCUCGAUGCGGACGCGCGGGAGUAUCAGAAUGCCUUUCAGAGGGACAGGCAGGACUCGAUCAAGCGGGAAACUUCUGAACUUGAGGAACGCAUCAACUCGCCCGACGAUAUGGAUGGUUCUGUGAACGAUGCUGACGAGGAGGCGAUUGAUGCGGAGUUGGCGGCCGUCGAGCUCCAGCUCAAAGUGGCUCAACUUCGAGCCAAGAAAGCUGCCAUGCGGAAGCAGCAACAGGAUGCCAACUAGUGCUCUAUACCAUUCAUGACUAGGAUCGAGCUACUCUGGUGCAAGACUUGAGUGGUGACCAGAUCUUGCUCGCUAUCCAUAUCCUGACGAACCUACCCUUUCCUAAAAUUUGCUUUUCUCGGUUCGUCUUCCUGCGCGGCAUAUGAGUAGU